CUUUCACAAAAAAAAGCACAGCUUUGCGUUUUAAUUUGUGUUAAAUUACGGAGUGAAAAUAAAAGCAUCACUAAGUCAAAUAACUCGCGAAGUAAAGACCACAAACGAAAGUAAAAUGGCGUCGAUGAGUUUGCUUCUCAUUUGCCUUGUGGCUCUUUUGAGACCUCUCUGGGGUGUUCCUCUGCCAAAUGAAGCUGAAGCGGAUCAUAAAAUAGAAGAAGAUCAUGCCCAAGACUAUCCGGAGAUGGAUGAGGAAGUCGAAGAUAUGGAUCCUGGCUGGGAUGACGAGGGAAAUGGUGAAGGAGACUACGAUGCUGAUUAUGACGACGGAUAUAACAGCGACGAAUACGACGACGACGAACUACCUGAUAAAGAAUUUGACGAUGAACAAUUCGAGGACGAACAAGUAGAUGAACUUCCAGAGGAAAUGUACCAAGAUGAGUAUGACGAGUAAGUGGGAGAACCUCAAAAACAAGGUAUAUCAAGAACUUUAAAAGUUUUAGUGGCGAACAAUCCUGCUUCUGUGCAGUCUUGGUAGAACACACGAAACAGACUGUGGACCUUCUGCACUCGACUCUUUCAUUUUUUUCCGCAGUUUGGACUCUCCCUUGACCCACUUCUGUUCGAGGGUCUCCAAGGAUGACUCAAGAUGUUUCUACGUUCUCUACUGAUAUUGGAAGCUGGAAAAUAGAUAAUUAACUCUAAAGUAAUUUUGAGAGCGGGAUUUAAUUUUCCUUGAUCCCGAUAACUUUCCGUGACUUGAAAAGAAACUUCAUGAUCAUAUUGGAAGGGCUCAUUAAAUAUAUUGUAAAGAGCAGAGAGCUCCAUCUCAAAGUUUUUUGUGACCUUAAAGAUAAUUAACAUUCCGCUUAGAGAAAAGAUGGAUCAGUGUUCCAAAUGCCACAAAAUCACAGCAUGAUGUUAAUACGUCAUUGGAGAAAACAGUUCAUUCGGCACUAAGCAAUUUCUAUAAUUUAGUAAUGAGUCAGUCAUACAGUCAAGAAUUUUCAGAUGAAUAAAUAUAAAUAAUACAAAAUAUAAAUUUGUGAUAGAGCACAAUCGACGCACACAACAAGCGCCUUCUGAAGCAAACCAACCCGAGCGAGAGCAUAAGCGACGCCAGUAUUUUCAAUCGCCGCAAGAAAGAGGACUGCUCGUUAGAGAACCAGUGCCUCAGUAAGGGGCAUCGUAUACCAAGCCACCAACAACAGAGCAGGGGAACGAAUGCUGCGUGGGAUUAACCGACACAUAUUUUAAGCCUAGAUACGCCGACUAUAAACAAUCGCUUAGAAAGGAAGCAUACAGCAGCUAAACUAAACUCAGCAAACAUAUAUGGCAGUUCAAGAAAGACAAUUAAGGUAGACUACAAGAUCAGAUGGAAAAUCCUGCACAGGGCUCAGUUAUACUCCAACGCAACUAAAAGAAGCAAAUUGUGCACUCUACAAAAGUUCUACAUGAUAUGCAAACGAGAACUAGCCACUAUUGACAAAAGAUCAGAACACUUGCAGGCACGCAAACGAAUUCUUACUGAAAAACACUUAGUAUUGUGAAAGCACGUAUGAUUUCAAGGGAACACUAUAUAGGCCAACAA